AUGCGCCUGUUGAUCCCAACUGCACCUGUAAAUCCAAAUGCUCCAGUUGAUUCCAACCGCGCCUUUGUAGAUCCCAACGCACCUGUUGAUCCCAACGCACCAGUUGAUCCCAACGCGCCUGUUGAUCCCAAUGCGCCUGUUGAUCCCAACGCACCUGUAGAUCCAAAUGCUCCAGUUGAUCCCAACGCGCCUGUAGAUCCCAACGCACCAGUUGAUCCCAACGCGCCUGUCGAUCCCAAUGCGCCUGUUGAUUCCAAUGCGCCUGUUGAUCCCAACGCACCUGUAGAUCCAAAUGCUCCAGUUGAUCCCAACGCACCUGUUGAUCCCAACGCACCAGUUGAUCCCAACGCGCCUGUCGAUCCCAAUGCGCCUGUUGACCCCAACGCACCUGUAGAUCCAAAUGCUCCAGUUGAUCCCAACGCGCCUGUAGAUCCCAACGCACCAGUUGAUCCCAACGCGCCUAUCCCAACGCACCUGUUGAUCCCAACGCACCAGUUGGAUCCCACCGCGCCUGUUGAUCCCAAUGCGCCUGUUGAUCCCAACGCCCCUGUAGAUCCAAAUGCUCCAGUUGAUCCCAACGCGCCUGUCGAUCCCAAUGCGCCUGUUGAUCCCAACGCACCUGUAGAUCCAAAUGCUCCAGUUGAUCCCAACGCGCCUGUAGAUCCCAACGCACCUGUUGAUCCCAACGCACCAGUUGAUCCCAACGCGCCUGUUGAUCCCAAUGCGCCUGUUGAUCCCAACGCACCUGUAGAUCCAAAUGCUCCAGUUGAUCCCAACGCGCCUGUAGAUCCCAACGCACCUGUUGAUCCCAACGCACCAGUUGAUCCCAACGCGCCUGUUGAUCCCAAUGCGCCUGUUGAUCCCAACGCACCUGUAGAUCCAAGUGCUCCAGUUGAUCCCAACGCGCCUGUAGAUCCCAACGCACCAGUUGAUCCCAACGCGCCUGUCGAUCCCAAUGCGCCUGUUGAUCCCAGCGCGCCUGUAGAUCCGAAUGCUCCAAAUGGCAAUGGUAAUGAAGGCCAGAGCUCUGGCAAUGGAGGUCACAACUCUGGCAAUGGAAACCAGAGCUCUGGCAAUGGAAGUCAAAACUCCGGCAAUGGAAACCAGAGCUCCGGCAAUGGAUCCCACAAUUCUGGGCAUGGAGGUCAAAACUCGGGCAAUGGAAGCCAUAACUCUGGCAAUGGAAGUCAAAACUCAGGCAAUGGAAGCCAAAAUUCUGGAAAUGGAAACCAGAACUCCGGAAAUGGCAACCAGAACUCUGGCAAUGAAGGUCAAAACUCUGGCAAUGGAUCACAAAAUUCUGGCAGUGGAGGUCACAACUCUGGCAAUGGAAACCAGAACUCCGGCAAUGGAUCCCAAAAUUCUGGUAAUGGAGGUCAAAACUCCGGCAAUGGAAGCCAUAACUCUGGCAACGGCAACCAGAACGGAAACAGUUCCAACAAUCAGCAUGGCCACGUCGCACCAACACAUCGUCCCUUCUGGCCAAAUUGGCAAAACUGGCUGAACAGCUGGCGUCCCACUGCGCGACCUGCUGUGCCAAGCGUUGCUCCCACUCCCACUCCAAGCCAGCCAGAGAUUAACAACAAUAAGUCAGAAGCCGCCGAGUCUGUAGAGCAGCCAACGGGUGAAGUUGUGUCCAAUGAGAAUGCUUCGGUUGAGCAAAGCAAUAAGGAUGAGGCGAACAAGCCUAAAUCUAGUGAAGAUCAGUCCAAAGAGCAGAAGCCCAAGAAGCCGGAAUCUGUGGAGAGCAACUCUGGCGAAGAGAAGAAAGACAGCAGCAAGCCAAGGGAGGAGGAGAAGGACAGUGAGCAGCAAAACGAGAGCAGCAAGUCAAAGGAAUCAAAGGAUUCAACUGAGGAGAAGGAGAGCGAGCCGAAAGCCGAUGAUAAAGAUGAUGAGCUCAGCGCCAAGGAGCGCAAACUCUAUGUGAAGAAGGUGCUCAAGAAGCUCAAGGACGAGAGCGACUGCGACGAGGAGGAUAUAUAUCCCGAUGUGCGCGAUUGCAAGAAAUAUUAUCGCUGCGAAGUGAAGAAAUCGGGCAAACACAAGUUUGUGCAUCUGCGUUGCGAGAGCAAGGAGCGCUUCGAUUUCCGCCUGCACAAGUGUGUGCCCAAGGACGAGGCUCAGUGCCUGCGCAAGUAG